AGUUUACUCACGGCAGUCGCGAAAUAAACGCAGCAGGCGCACUCGAAACCCAAAAUCAAAUCAGAUCAGAUAUAUAGAAAUCGGUUGAAGGAUACAAGAGAACCUCCUAAAGAACUCAACGAAAUCGGUUGAAAAUAAAAUACUCUUAUAGCUUGUAAUUGCUGUUGAGAAAAUCUGUAUAUAAAUUGUAGAGCAGUGUGAUUAUAUAUUUUUGUUUGAGUGCCCAUCGUCGGUGGUUUUUUUUUGUGAGAUGAUCUGCCCGAAACGCACCUCGGAGCUGCUGGAUCUCCACCUGGCGCCGUUCAAGGACAAGGAUCCCGCCUGGGAGAUCGGCGUAUCGAAGAUCGCCGGACGCGGCGUGGUGGCCACGCGGAGCCUCAAGCGGGGCGAGAUCAUCUUCAGGGACAGUCCGCUGCUGAUCGGAUUGGCGGCCCACGAGGAGGAUUCCCUAAAUGCGUGCAGUGUGUGCCUGAAGAUGCUACCGGAUACGAGAUUCAUGUGCCGCCAGGGAUGCGGAUUGCCCAUUUGCAGCCUGUGCGCCAAGAAGAAGCAGCACAAGAGCGACUGCGAUCUGUUCAAGUCGUGGGGCCCGAACGAACCGGACGUGGCCAACUCGGUGAUCAUCCGACUGCUCUGCGUGGCCAGGGCGAUCAAUCUGAGCAAGGAGCAGCGCGACCUGAUCUACUGCCUGCAGGCCAAUCUGGAUAACAACCAUCGCACCGAGGUGCGCAAUGCGGCCAAGUGCUUCAAGAACUUCCCCACCGACAAGAAGCUGAUCGAGAUCAUGAACCGCACGGUGGCCGUGCUGCGGACCAAUGGAUUCGACAAGACCACCGACCGGACGAACGACAACCAGGAGUUCAACUACCGCGCUCUCUAUCCCCUGUUUGGCGUGGUCAACCACGACUGCAUUCCCAAUGCCUACUACACCUUCGAGGAGAAGACCAACACCAUGAUCGUCCGUGCUGCGGUGGACAUACCCGAGGGAUUCGAGGUGACCACCACCUACACCAAGCUCUUCACCGGCAACAUUGCGCGCCACCUCUUCCUCAAGAUGAAGAAGGGCUUCACCUGCAAGUGCUCCAGGUGCUCCGAUCCCACGGAGAAAGGCGCCUUCAUCUCCGGACUCUAUUGCCGGGACACGAACUGCACGGGUCUGGUGGUGCCGGAGAUCUCCGGACUGCCGCACCCCAACUGGAAUUGCUUGGAGUGCAAGCAGAAGUCCACGCAUGCGCAGAUGAUGAAGUCGCAGGACUUCGCCAGCGGAGCCAUUAACGCCAAGGCCAACUCCAAUUCGCUGAAGACACUGGUGCAGUACCUGAACGAGAAGAGCGACAGCUUCAUCCCGAGCUCCAACUACGUGGUGAUCGAUGCCAAGAUGUCCGUGCUGCAGCGCCUGCAGCAGGGCAGGGAGGACUGCUCCGAGGAGCUGGCGAACAACACGCGACUCCGCUACUGCCGCGACAUCACCCAGGUGAUGGACAAGCUGGGCCUGGGCGACAGCCUGCUCCGCACCCACCUGGAGGAGCAGCUGCGCGUCGAGGAGGAGCGCCGCUCCAAGCGGCUGGCCGAGGAGGCCGAGAAGCAGCGAAAGCUCGGGGAGCUCCAGGCCAAGGCCGCCGAGGCGGACAAGCUGCUGGCGGUUCUCGAGAAGGAGCAGGCCGGUCAGGCGGAACAGGCGGCCGCUCCGGCGGGAACAGCUGAUCCUGGAACGGCUCCUGCUCCGCCGCCAAUCGCCGCAACCGCUGAGUUGGCCUAGAUAUUCGCCGCAGUCUAACCACUUUUCCAGGACUCACGAGGAGUUUUCUUUUUAUCACCAGAAUGUUUAAGUCGAAGGUUUUAAAAGUCGGUGUGUUGAAGGUAAUACCAGUGCAAAACCAAACAGCUAACAAAAUAAUUUGGAAGUAUUUGUAGAUUAAAAGGUUUUGAAAAAUGCACAGAAAUCUUUGAUGGUUUCUUAAAAAGAUUAAAUAAAUUGUAACAGAAAAAUUAGUUAUUUCCGUUUACACUUUAUUCAAAGUUCAGUGACAAAACUAUUUGAAUCUUAACAAGUAUAAAAAGUGUUUACAAUAUAUUGUAUUAUGAACAACUUAUCAAACCAUGUUAUUUGUCAACGGAAUUAACCUAUGAAUUGAUUUGAAAGAAAUGUAAAUUCCCUUUUUAUAUUUCUGGAAAACUAGAGUGAUAAAUAUUAUUUGUAAAUAACUCGGGUCCUGAGAACUUGGCUAAAUAAUACUACGUGCAGUCCCCCCAAAAAACAGUCCUCUGGUCACCUCUCCUAGUUCUGUGUUGUGCGUACUAAACUAAAUAAUUGUAUCUGUAUUUGUAUUUAUUUAUUUAUAAUAAAUUAAAAACUAUA